GUAAAUGAUUAACUUGUUGAUCACCAAGAAGGCAAGAGUAUCAGAGACAGACCAAAAAAGAUAACUGUGAACUGAGCUCAAAAUGAGAGUUCCUGUAAAACUCCUUGGCUGCGUCUUUUGGUUGUUUUUCUUUAAUUGUGCCCAAAGUCAAGCAAAGCAAAAAUUGUGCUCUGAUCUAUUUUUGGAAAAUGGGUUCAUACACACCCUGUCCUCCAAUGAGGAUGAAAUCUUUUACACCUGCAAACCGGGUUUUAAACCAUUCACUGGGAACUGGUGGGAUUCAGUGACAUGCAGCAGAGGCUUUCGGUCUGAAGAACCUCGGUGCAUCCGGGAGGAAGAUUGUGGUGCUUUUCCCAGUGUUCUCCAUGGAAAACUAAAGAAAACAAAUCAACGAACUGCUAAAGUGGAAUGUGAUUCUGGGUUCAAACCAACUCAAAGCCUCAUAAGAUGUGUCGGUGGUACAUGGGAGACACCAGUUUGUGAGAUGGAUGUGCAUUGUAACAGUCCUCCAAAGGUGGAAAAUGCACUCAUAACAUCUAAACCCAAAGAAUUUUAUGGAUAUGGAUCUAUUGUAACAUACGCAUGUCGAAGCUCAUUCUUAAUGAAUGGGAAAAGCACAGUUUUCUGCCGCAGUGGAACUUGGAAAGAAACACCAACAUGUAAAGAGGUAUUGUGUCCUGUAAACACAGCAGUUGAAGACUUAAAAAUGGAGCCUGAUAUUGAGGGUCCCAUCAAACCUGGAUACAGGUUAAAAUUUUCAUGCAGUAGAGAAGGGCUGAAAUUAAAAGGACAGAGAGAAAUCACCUGUCAGUCAAAUGGAGAAUGGAGCAGCCCUUUUCCUACAUGUGAAGAGGUAAUGUGUGUUGCAAACCUGACAGUGAACAUGAGAUCAGAUGAACACCUGGGGCCUGAGAUUUCAGUCAGACCUGGAGACAUCAUAACUCUUUCUUGUGUUGGAAGGGAAUUACAAGGACAGAGCAAAAUCCGCUGCUUGCCAGAUGGAAAAUGGAACCCUCCAUUCCCUAAAUGUGUAGGAGGGAAAUGUGUGUCACCACCACUUGUGGACUUUGCAGAUACAACAGAAAUGACAAAAAGGGAAUACAAUUCAGGGGAGAAAGUUGAAUACACCUGCUUUAAUAAAUACACACUGGAUCAGCGUCACCCCUACUCCAAAUACUUGACCUGUGAAGAUGGAGAAUGGAGAGGGAAUAUUAAGUGCUUAAAGCCCUGUUCAGUGUCUCUGGAGUUAAUGGAUAAAAGAGGUAUAGAGCUGCGAUGGCGUGAACGGGAAAAGAUUUUCUCACCACAUGGGGAUAAAAUCGAAUUUAGGUGUCAGAGAGGCAAAUCUUCAAUAGGCCUAAAACAAACAUGUAAUGAUGGAGAGAUGGAUUUGCCUCUGUGUGAGUGACAGUGAAUAAAACAUCACUGAAGCAUCAGCUGUUCUACAAAGCAAAUCAAAUGAAGCCGAUCAAAAUAAAACAUUUUUCCCCAAUUCAGUUUCUCUGUUUUGGAAUUCCUGCAAUUAAAAUUAAAUAAGUGAUAAAAGCAACAUGUUAAAAAUGUGUGUUUAUAAAAACAACAUGAACAACAGCUGAGUAUAUGUUUAUUGUACAAUGUUUAUACAAUGAAAAACUUUUCAUAAAUUGAUUGCAAAAAGUCUGUAUAAAGAGACAGUUGCAAAUAAUAAACUUUCUUUUUGUCUGGG